UGUUAGUUAAGUACAGUGGCGGCUAGAUUACAGUGGAUUGAAGACAGAGAACUAAAGGAAUACUCGGGAUAACGAGAGGAAUAACGCGGAUCACAGAAGGAAUGUUAUAAUUACUCUAGAGGAUUAAUUUGAAUACAGAAAGCCACGUCGCCAUUAAAUACAGAUGACUUUGACCCCGGAAAGGAGAUAACACAGGCCAAAAUGUCAACGGAUGUACCAAAGCGUGAACGCAAAGCAACAUGUGGUGAUGAAGACGAACCAACUGUGGAAAUGAAGCUGAAGCAUUUGGAAAAUGACUUCGAAAGAACCAGCCAAGCCAUAACAGAUGAUAUCAUGAAAUAUCGAGGAAUAGAGCUGGAGAUAGAAGACCUGAAGGUUGAACAUCAAAGGCGAAAGGACAACACUGACAAAGUUUCGAUUGAAGACAUACCAGAUCUUCAGGAGCAGAUCGAGGUUCUGAAUGGUGAUCUUCGGGAACUUAAAGCUGACCUUGAAAGAUUUCGCACUGAAGAUGUUGCCGAUUUAGGGACAAAGAUACAAAACCUGAAGGAUGAACUCGAGGUACUGACACAGGAUACUGAAGAUACAGAAGAACACAAGGCCGAGGCUAACGAAAAGGUCCAGACGAUGAAAGGGAGUCUUCAUCAGCUGAACACGUAUUCAGAGUCUGAACGGGAGAAGCGUUAUGCUCUUCACAAGAAGAUUACAGAUUUAGAAAGUAAACUUGGGCUACGGGAAAAGCAAAAACCAGUUGAUGGUUUCGGCGAUGAGAACUUCGUUCAAGAUAGUUCCGGUGACCAACCUUCUGAGACUGACAUCCACACGGCAUGCAGAGAAGGGGAUCUGGAUCGCGUGAAGCAGUUGCUCUCUGGUCCUGAGGCCAAUGACAGUCUGGACAAGAACGGAACGUCUUUGUUGAUGACGGCAGUGGAGUACGGUCACAGAGAUGAGUUUGACUUCCUUGUUAGCAAAGGAUUCGAUGUGUACCAAGUUGAUAAGUUCGGUAACAACGUCCUUCAUGUUGCUUGCAUCGGAGGGGACGUUGACCUUGUUUCGUAUAUCAUAACCCAGAACAUUGUUGAUAUAAAUAGCCGGGGGCAGUUCGGACGGACUCCUGUGAUGGCCGCGGCAGAAAAAGGUCAUAAGAUCGUCCUGGACGUUCUUGUAAGUCAUGGAGCUGAUUUGUAUUGUGUCGACGAUGACGGUGACAACAUCCUUCACGCAGCCUGUCUUGGAGGUCAUGUGCAGAUGGUGGAGUAUCUCGUGGCUCAGGAGAUAGUUGGCAUCAACAGUAGAGGAGACAAUGGUAGAACACCCCUGAUGGCAGCUUCUGGGAUGGGUCAUCGAGGUGUAUUUUACUACCUUCUCAGCAAGGGAGCCGAUGUGUCGAUGCUGUGUCAGAAGAAGAACAAUAUUCUCCACGUGGCUUGUUUCGGAGGCGACAGUACCAUGGUGAAUCACAUUCUCUCAAAUAACUUUUUUGACAUUAACAGUAAAGGAGAAUACGGCAGGACACCAUUAUUGGCAGCAGCUGGGAAGGGACAUCGAGACGUUCUGGACCUUCUCCUACAAACAGGAUGCCUUGCGACUUCAGUGGAUGACAAUGGUCAUAACAUGCUUCACGUUGCCUGUCUUGGAGCUGAGGUGGACAUGGUGAAGCAUGUCCUGUCAAAGAAUAUCGUGGAGAAAAACAGCCGGGAUAGAUACGGCCGGUCUCCGGUCAUGUUGGCAGCAAUGACUGGGUGUAGACAAGCAGUUGAUGUGCUCUUGGAACAAUCAGCUGAUGUAAACUUGGUCGACGACAGCGGUAACAACAUCCUGCAAGCUGCCUGUCUGAGCAACGAGGCGGACAUGGUGAAGUAUCUCAUCUCUCUACAGAAACUUGACAUCAACCACAAGAACGCCAGUGGGUCAACAGCAGCCGUGCUAGCAAAGGAACAGGGAUAUAUAUCUCUUUAUGAUUCUCUCGUGUCCCAAGGAUGUUCAAAGGAGUAGAUCAGUCGAAAAACAUUGACUUUGUAUGGGAUCUAGAAAACUGGUGUAUAUGCGUAAUCAUUCAUCUUCUUUAAAAGACCAUAUUGAUGAAUGCCAUCAAUUUAAGGCUCGGCUUCUUAAAGCAACUGAAUUUUGAUAAAAUUUCAAUAUUUAAAUUAGUGUGAUGUUAUCACAAUCUGAUUCCUUUUAUGCCGUUGCCGUUCAGGAUAAAGUAGCGUAAACUUAUUAUAAAGUCUAUGUAACAUCACCUAGUGUUGUAGGUGGUAGAUUGUAGUUUGCGUUCUUUUAUUAUUGCUUAGUCUCGCACACAGCCUCUAGUGACCAAAACGACGGCGUAAAAUCCUGCUGGGAAUAGUAUAGAAAGCAGAAGUACCGUAAAUCCUUCUUGAUCCUCCUGGCCCUCGAGUCUUUGCGAGGAUUAAAGAUAGAAAAGAAAAACAACAUUUAGUUAGAUGACCACUGAUUCGAAAUGCUUCACAUUGUACUGUAUUGUUCGGUUAUUAUUUUUUAGUGUGUUUUGUUUUAUUUGAUUUUUUUUAAUUAUUAAUCCUCGGGCAGACACGAGGGCCUGUGCUUCAUCCCUACUGAGGUGGACUGACUUUGGUCACUAGUGGUACGUGGCCUAGUACUUUUAUACUAAAUAAUAUUCUUAGACUUCAUUUGUGUUUUGAUAUUGAAUUGGUUUGUUUCAUACAUAAACUGUGAUUCUUACACAAAUGUUUUACUGUUCAUUAUAUUCGAAUAUAAUUAACUUGUUUUCAUAGACAUGUGGAUGCAAUAUUGCAUAUGCAAUGUAACAUUUUAAUGCACUCACUAUAAGCGGCUACGUUUAAAACGUAUUUAAUACAUCACUUUAUGAAAAAUGUUACUAUAUUUAUAGAACAGUUGUUCUUACAAUUUUAUUUUUGAGAAAAAAUUUCACCCCAACCGUCGUAUUGGGUUGCUGUAUCUAUUAUGAUUUUGGUAGAUGUUAGGGAGACACGAUAAUGAUUUGUAAAUGUGGAGAUCGAGAUCGAGAUCGAGAUCGAGAGAGAGGGGAGGAGGGAGGGAGGAGAUCCUACAAAGGUACGGUGAGUGAAACCCAUUUUUGGUCUUCCCGCGGUACAUUGCUAAAUCGGAGGAGUUUACUAUUGCCUACAGGGAGUACCAAUGGUUUUGAAUUUUACUGCCUUCAACCUUUCAUUAAAGCGGUACGUCCCAUUUCAUUGUGUGUUGUUUUGUUUUUCAAUUUCUGUGUAUGUCAUCUUGCGGGGUGGGAAACGGGCGCCAUGCGCCAUCAGCACCAACUUGUUCCUCUCAGCCUUCUCCAUCUUCUGUAACACCUUCACGAAAGCGAAAAUGUUCAUGCGUCUCUGGACGAUCUUGUUGAGGUGCGAAUGCCCACCAGAUGGUUGUUCGUUCUCGGGCAGUUGGUUUUAACGGUGAUUCCAUGAUCCGGCCUGGAACUUGGCGUGGACGUCCACCCAGGUGCUGGUGACGUUGUCGAGGAGCUCGUCCAUCUGUCCAAUGGCAGGGGCGUCGUCCAUGAUCUCUAACCAAGCAUCUGGACAAUUGCUCUUUCCUCCCCUAAUCCCAUUGUAGGCAUUAGUGCACACUAAUUGAAACAGUCCACUUGUGUGCAGGUAGGCGUACACUGUCAAACACACUUUGAAGCUAUUAUUCCCUGUAGUUAUGUUUCCUUGUAACCUCCAGUACACAUAACGGAUAUACUCGUAGUAUUAAUGUAUUUCUCUUGAAUUGAUUAAAGUUUGAAUGAUUUUUUAAA